UCAAUUCUUUCUUCAUUUUCUACACAAGAAAUACACAUACCCAAAAACCUGAUUAUAAUGGCAAAGUUUUCCAGAUCAAACGGGAAGAAAAACAAUGUCAUGAACCUCAAGACAAUGGCACAAAUGUUUCAGAAGAGUUUUGUACCAGACAAGAGGUCAACCACGAAUCAUUCUGAGGAGUUCGAGGACUCCAAGGAUGUGGCUAAUGACGUUAAAGAAGGGCAUUUCGCGGUGAUGGCGGUGGACGAUGAGAAUCUCAAGAGAUUCAUCGUUCCUCUAAGUUGUUUAACGCAUCCAUCUUUCUUAAGGCUUCUGGAAAAAGCUGCAGAGGAAUAUGGGUUCGAACAUGAAGGUGCACUCAUGCUUCCUUGUAGGCCAAGUGAGCUGGAGAAUAUUAUUGCCAGGCAAUGGAAGAGUGGCUCUUCGAAACAGGAUUGGGGUUCUUCUGCGAGUCAAGAGCUCUUAUAUGUUUAAAUUAAAUUUAAAGUAGUUUAAUUUGCUAACCAAUUAGAUUUAAUUUCAUUCUAUUACCACCAUAAAAUUCUUUAAUUGAAAUUGUAUUCAUCAAAGGGGUUUAUCCGUUC